AUGGGAGACAAGGCUGAUAAAACCGAUCCCAAACCCCAAUCUCUUCACCCCGUCUACACCGUAACGAACAUACAACAUAAGGUUCGUGUCCUUAAUGGUAUCGGAGUCUCAUACCCGACAUGGGUUAAGCUUUUUAUGCUCCACGCCACCGGGUACGAUGUGGUUGACCACAUCGACGGUUCGCCGACACUCGAGAAAACUGCACUAGAAUACAUUUCAUGGAAGAAGAUAGACGUUGUGGUCCUUCAAUGGAUCUAUGGCACCCUUAGUAACGAUCUCCUCGUUCGAGUUCUUGAAGAACAAUCUACAGCAUAUCAGGCAUGGAUGCGGGUCAAAACUCUCUUUCUAAACAACAAAGGCCCUCGUGCCAUGGCUCUUCAACAUGAAUUAACCGACCUCACCCUUGCCUCUAUGCCCAGUCUUGAAGCCUACUGCCAAAAGACCCGGGAGCCUUCUGACCAACUUGCAGCCGCCGACUGCCCGCUCAGUAAUACUCAGCGGAUCCUACAUCUCGUCAAUGGUCUUCGCCGAGAAUACGAUACCACCGCAGCCAUCAUAAACCAAAACUUACCACCAUGGGAGCAGGCCGUCGAGCAGUUGCAAUCAGAAUCACGUCGGAUUGCGGCACGAGAAGCUCGCAAUCCGACACCCAUCAUCGCCGCCGGAGUUUCAUCCCAAUCCGAACGCACACCAUCGUCUAACCGUGACCAGUCCCAUGCUCCACGCCGUGAAAAUCGCCGGGAAAAUAACUCCGAAAACCGUCGGGAUAACACCCAUCACAGCCCCAACUCUUCAAGAAAUAAUGGCUCUCAAAGUCAACAACAAUACAAAAACUUCACGGUUCAAGCACCUUAUGUGCCCUACUGGGCCCCACAACAACCUUUUGCUCGUUACUGGGCUCCACCACCUUGCCCAUUUCCUACACAAGCUUGGGAUCAACCAUGGGAUCCAAGGCCCAAUUCGAGAUAA